CGUAGAGACGCUGGAUGCAGAGUUUCAGUCCCUUGCAAUUCCUCACAUCCUAAACGUUAAGUAGACAAUAACAUCCAUAGACACAGAGCUGCUGCAACAGCAGAGAUCUCAUGUGUGUGUGUGGGGGGGACAGAAUUGUUGUCCCAGUCCGCCCAUGGGUGACCGUGUAAAGUGAUGAGCUUGAUGCUCAUUUCCAAUAUAUAUUAAGGGGUCUUAUUCUUAUUCGUCUGACAAAUAAAAUCAAUAUUUCUCUUUUAUCCAUAAUAAUAUCAUCAUGUAGGCUAUACCCGCGCUAUAUCGACUGGCUGUUGCGUAGGCAAACUCGCUAUAAAACGCAACAUUUUUGUUGAGUUGAAUAGAGUUUAAAAUUAAAAUAAAUCCUUUAUUUAACCAGGUAGGCAAGUUGAGAACAAGUUCUCAUUUACAACUGCGACCUGGCCAAGUUAAAGCAAAGCAGUUCGACACAUACAACAACACAAAGUAACACAUGGAGUAAAACAAACAUACAGUCAAUAAAUAAUACAGUAGAAAAAUAAGUAUAUAUACAAUGUGAGCAAAUGAGGUGAGAUAAGUAAAGUAAAUGCAAUAAAAAGGCCACGGUAAAUGCGAUGGAAACUCGUGUAACUGCAAAAAUGUGUACGUGCACUACAUCAUUACGCACAUACUUUUAUUCGAAACUAAAUAUACCUGAUGGAAACACAAUUGUGCUAGGAAUAGCAUUUUGUUUGUAUGCGAAUUUUUGCAUAUUCGCGUGACAAGACGUCGCCAAUUGGAUGGAAAUGUAGCUCGUGACACGCUCUGCACGUUGCUUGGUAACCAAAUGGCGUUUGCUCAAACAGCUGAAAACCCGAACAUACAAACCCUGCGUUUAGGGCAUGUUUUGCAAAUAUAUGUAACGAAAACAAAUGAUGACAUGGAUUAACUAACUUGUCAUCUAUAUCUUUCAAAGGUUCAAGCUUUCUGUUUUGAACAGACACAUUUAGGGUAAGUUCUGUGCGCAAUUGGAAUAGGUGGUUGGAUCAUCAUAGUGCGACGAAUGUAGACGGUUCCGUUUUCUGACGCAGUUGCUGGGCGAGUCACUUGUCUGUCUGUCUUUUGCCAGUGUGUAUUCUACGCGUUCCUGUGUCCUGUUUUGCUGCAUUGGUUCUCUGUCCAUUGUGGCCGUUGCAUAACAACAGUUCUUUAAUGCACUUUGUAUUUACCCAUUUCGGUCACAGGCACAGUUCAUAAGCAUGGAGAAGAACAAUUACGCAAUAGAAAGUGCCCCUUCGUCCCCCCCAGUGGAGGAGAUGAUGGAGCUGGACGGCAGGCAGCAGAGAGUCUACCACAGGGCUGCCAGGAUGAUACAGAGGACAUGGAGGAGACAUGUGGAUACACGCGUGUUCCAGUACUUCAAGAACCUUGUGAGGUUCCGUAACCAGGGAGACCCUCGACUCCUGCUAAAAAAUGUCAACCCCAGAGAGGCAAAUAUUCUGGAUGCUGCUGCAGGAGUCCACAUCAGAUUCAGACUGGGAGGGACCACCUUUCCACCGAGCAUCUACUAUAAGAUCUACACCCAUCGACCCAUCGUGGACAUGUGUGCCAACAGCCCCAAGGACUACACCCACCCCAGACAGAAGAGGUCCGUCCCCAGGCAGAUACACAACGGGAGGACCCAGGUGCAGGACGACCAUGCUGGCUGGUACCACCGCGUGGAGAACAACGGCUGGAGACUGCUCUCUGGGAAGGCUGCUCUGUUAGGUGACAUCAUCACGUUGGAGACCAAUGGCAGGAAGGUGGAGUUUCACAAUUCCAAACUGCAGCGUCGUCAGGACGUGGACAGGAGGAAGAAGAGGAGGAAGAUUGAAUGGUUGAAGCAGAUGUAUGACCGUGGCUGUCUGCAUGCACGUACAGAGCAUAGUGAGACAGCCAUGCUGGUGGAGCGGUCAGCCCAGGGCAUGAUGGACGCCGUGGAGCAGCUGGGACCCAACCACAUCGUAGAGUGGGAAGUGGAUGAACUACUGGAGUGGACCAACGCUCUCAACUUUGACGAGUAUAUUAAUGACUGGAGGGUUGUGGGUACCAGUAAUUCCUCUGAGUCUUGGAAAGACAAGAAGAGGCUGGUUCCUUCCAACCUGGAGCCUUGUGUUGAGUUCUCAGGGCUGGGGCAGGAGGACAGCCAGGUGGAUACCUACAGCAGUGUCCUCCAUCCCCUGGUCUCCAGCCUCAUCAAGUCAGAACACUCCAAGGCCAAUCUCUUUGACUGACUGACUGACUGGCUGGCAUUGUAUUGCUGACCAGUAAAUUGCAAUAGCAACCAUCAGACACUACUACUAUGACACUAUACAGUGAGAUUAAAUUAAAUGUGAUGAGAUGUAAAGCAAAGUGGAGAAUGUAACUAUGAUAAUACUUUAUAGAUUGUUGUUGCUAAGGGUAACAGUGUUUUUUUUUCUACUCUACUGUUCUCGAAACUGUAAUGGACAUACUCACACCAGAUGAUACAAUGUGCUUCUAAAGAUUAUACUUACUGAGGUUCAAGUAUGAGCAAAAGUAUCAAACAAAAUGAGGGGGCACCCGGAUUUGAACCGGGGACCUCUUGAUCUGCAGUCAAAUGCUCUACCACUGAGCUAUACCCCCGUACUCAUAAAAAGUGGAAAAUAAUUUUUAUAUAAAUCUUAAUCCAUUUGUGGAUGUUGUACAUAUAACAUCAGUAUGAUAAACCAUAUAUAGAUACAUAUAAACGACACGGUAGUUCCAAAAGCAGCAUUCAUCCUACUUUCCUUUUUAUUUACGUCUAUCUGCCCGCUUGUAUUUCUAUCAUCUGAUUAGGAAGUGUGGUCAAACGGUGGAAGAGGGUCAGAGGUCGGUGGGUAGGGCGGACGUAAUGGAGAAGUUGGUGAAGAAACAGCUGUGCUGGAAUGCGAACAAUAUUGGUGUCCGUUCUGAUUGUAUGCAGCGGGUGGAUGAGGGUCAGAGGUCGGCAGUGGGAAGACAUAGGAACAAAAUAAAUGACGAUACAGAAAGCAGUGGAGCGUCCAGUAAAUAAAGCCAGUACGCUAAAGAGUUCUAGUGAAGUAACCCUUAUGGACCUCACUAUCUGCUACAUUGAAGAACUCCGGGUUCAGUGAAUUAUCACCUCUACCUCUAAUCAGCAAUCAUAGGAUUAAUUAAUGCUCCUUAGAUGCCAGGUUAGGGUUACACACUAAUGUUCUGUCAUGGUCUAUGGACCUCCUGAAGUAUCCUUGGCCACCCCCUGGUCACCCUGUGUAUAAAACUCUAGUUUCACCACUAUGUGUAGCUGCUCAGUGUAAAGGAAAGAAAAGAUGUGCCAAGUGUAGAGGGACACAUGAUUACG